CUGUUUAAUUUUCAGUAGUGGUGGCUGAAUUCGCCUUGGCGUCUGUUAUUUGUCUCUCCGUUGGUGCAAGUCCCUCACAGAGUUGUGAGUUCUGGGGCAUUCACUUGAUCCUCACCUCUCCAACUCUUCACUCUCAACACUCUACCCCAACAGAUAAUCGUAUCAGUGAAUGUGCAUUCUUUGUUUAUACAAUCGUUAAUUUUAUUUAAAAUUCUCACUCUACCAGCCCUGGCAUUACGAAGAAGGUAAAGUUGCAAGAGAAUACCAUUUCCGGGAUUGCGCAAAGGCAAACUAGUGUUCCAUACACUGGUGAGAAAAUAAAAUCGUGAAGAAAGGAAAAUAACAGAGGGUGAGAGAGAGAGAAGAAAUAAACACCGAGGGGACAAUUAUCACAGCGUCGGGUCUCUUUAUCAUUAUCCAUUUGUGUUCAUCACUGGGAAGUCAUUGAGUUUCCACUGUUUUUUUUUUUUGUGAUAAAUUAAAGGGUUUGAUAACCUGUAAAUUAUGGCAAUGCCAACUAGUAGCGCAGUGCGGGCACUUGCCCUGGAGUACAAAAGCCUUCAGGAAGAACCUGUCGAGGGAUUUCGAGUUAAACUCGUCAAUGAGGACAACAUGUUUGAGUGGGAAGUUGCAAUUUUUGGACCACCAGAUACACUUUAUCAAGGUGGCUAUUUCAAGGCACACAUGAAAUUCCCACCGGAUUAUCCGUACAGUCCACCCAGUAUUCGCUUCAUGACAAAAGUCUGGCAUCCAAACGUGUACGAGAAUGGCGAUUUGUGCAUCUCUAUUUUGCAUCCACCGAUCGACGACCCCCAGAGUGGUGAAUUACCAUGUGAGAGGUGGAAUCCAACGCAGAAUGUCAGGACAAUUCUGUUAUCAGUAAUAUCGCUCUUGAACGAACCCAACACAUACAGUCCAGCAAAUGUUGAUGCAUCAGUUAUGUACAGACGUUGGCGUGAUUCCAAGGGCAGAGACAAAGAAUAUGAAAAUAUAAUCAGAAUUCAACCGUUUUGUUUUACAAAAUUUCAACGACAAAAUUACUGUUUUAUUUUUCGCGUUUAGAAUGAAGAUGAACGAAUGAAUCUAGAAAAAUUUGGAAAAUCAAUGAAUAUCUAUUAAUAAGAACUCCAUGUACAAUCUAGAAAUUGUUUUUCUGUUUAAUUUAGUUCUUUUUCAAUUAAUGUGUCAACUUUUCUUAUACUCCUCAAAAUUAAAACCUUUUAUAUAAAUAAUAAUUCAUCAUAAUUCAUCAUUUUCCCGCACAGUUAAAAUUCUCUUGCAGCCAACGAAUUUAUUAUCAUCAAACUUACAAAACUCAACACGAUUGAAUCCUAUUUAUAUACAGUUCAGUGUAAAAAUCAAUUCAAAUACCCGACCCCUAAUAUUUCUUCGUACUUUUGAAUCAUUCAGGACUUGAAGUUAAGUUGACAUUUUCAAGGACACUAACAAUACAAUUAUUUACAAAACUAUCACCCGGAAUACCCACUAAUAAAUUAUUCUUCGGUGUACAAUUUUCAGGCACAAGUUUGCUUAUAAAAACCGUGUACCCACAUUCC